GUUUAUGUUUUUCAUUUUUCGCAAGAAUGAUGCAAAGAUUUCCAACGCAGGCGACCGUGGAGAAUCCACGUUAUGGACAGCUAAUCAUAGGGCCUCCUGGUUCUGGGAAGACCACGUAUUGCGCCGAGGCCCUUAAGUUCUAUCGCGAACUGGGCCGUCAGGUGGGCGUGGUGAAUCUCGAUCCAGCCAACGAAAACAUGUCCUACGAACCGGUGCUCAGUGUGAUGGAGCUUAUCACUGUGGAGGAUUGCAUGGAGCACCUGAAGAUCGGGCCAAAUGGAGCUCUGAUGCACUGCGCCGAGUAUCUGGCCGAUCAUCUGGAGGAUUGGCUUUUGCCGGCACUGCGCAAACUGGGCGCCACGCACAACUACUUUCUGUUUGACUGUCCCGGGCAAAUUGAGCUAUAUACCCAUCACACCGCCAUGGCCCGGGUUUUUGAGCGUUUGGAGCGUGAGAGAUAUAGCCUGGUCACCGUUAAUCUCAUAGAUUCGCACUAUUGCUCGGAGCCGUCCAAAUUUAUUGCCACUUUGCUGAUGGCAUUGAACACCAUGUUGCGGAUGAGUCUACCCCACGUAAAUGUGCUUUCCAAGGCCGAUCUGCUGAAGAAACACGAGACCAAGCUGCACUUCAAUGUGGACUUCUAUACAGACGUCCUGGACCUCAAAUAUCUGCUGGACAAACUGGACGAUGAUCCCGCCAUGCGCAAGUACCACAAACUGAAUGCAGCCAUCUGCUCCAUGGUGGAGGACUACGCCCUCGUCUCAUUCCAACUGCUGGACGUCUUUAGCACGGACAGCAUGCUCCGCUUGCGCAAUCACAUUGACAAGGCUAAUGGAUACGUCUACAAGGCGGGCGAGGAGCAGACGGUCAACUCUCUACUAGCCUGCGCCGUGGGUGCGGAAACUGAGGCCGCUCGCAUGGAGCAUGAUGUCCGGCCCUAUAUGGAAUAAAAGCACUUGGAGUAACUAUGAAUAGCCUGUGAUAAGACUGCCUGCAAGGGAAAACGUGCGUAAAUAAAUAAGCAGCAAAGAAAUCCGUUUUUUGGCAGCAACAUAUUUUUGGGGGAAAGUUCUUGAAAAACAUUGAAAUUCGCAAGCAAUCCUCACUUGGUGAUCGAUCAAACGGAAGGCCCUAAGAGACCUCUACUUUUGAACUUGGUAAUGUUUAAACCAGCACUAGAGGGCGCUGCCGACGCUGAAAAUGAUGUAAGAUGUAUGUGAGCUUUACAAAAUAAAGUAACUUUACAGGUUUUAAUUAAGAACAUUCAAAUUGAGGGAAAGAAAAACAAAAAACAAUUAUAUAGUUUUUUUAUUUGUCUUUGUUGACUUAAAAAAAAAAAUAUUAUGGAGAAUAUUUUAUGUAUAUAAAUUAUGAUUUUUAAAUAUCAUUUUCUAAUCCAAUAACAAUUAAUUAUCAAUUAACAAUUAGUUAGAAACUGAAAAUAUAAACACAGCAACAUAUUAAAUUCAACAA